GAAAGCUUUCAAAUCCUUUCACUUUUAUUUGCUGCUCUUCAAGUAAAAAAUAUUUCAAGUGCUCGAACAGUCAGUGCAUAAUUAUUAAUAAACUAGCUACAGGCAGUGCCGCACGUGCCACAAAAUGUUGAAUAUUUUAAAUACAAAAAUUUAACAAAAAAAUUGAUUUCAAUUUUUCAAAAAAAUUUAAUUUUUUACUGUGUAAUUAGAUUGUAUUAAAUAAAUAAAGGCUUUGAAAAGUGUAUUAAUAUUCUUAGUAUAUAUUAUUAGAAUAUAAUUGGUUGGACUCCAUCGCAAUUCGGAUUCUCGGUCAACAAAAAAUUCAUUAUCCUGUGAAAAAUCGAUUGAAUUUUUACCGUGCUUCACUGCGUGCUGUCAUAUGUGGAGCUUUUGUAAUUUAGUUCAAUAGUAAUAAAAACGAAAUUGAAACAUAAGCAUAUAAUUUCCGACUAAAGCAAUAUUUAAAAUACAUUAAAACAAACCAAAACACAAUUCUACGCAUGAACAACCAACAUGAUUGUUACAUCUGGUGUGGAUAGCACUGUUACAUUGGGUACUGUUGAGGUCACAACCUUAUUGGGUGCUUUCUUUGGUGUCUUGGUGCUACUUUUGUUGCUCUUCUUAUAUAUAAGUCGCAGAUGCUGCUUUCAUCAUCGCCAUGGCAUCAACUGCUGUGACGAGCGACACUUGGCAGCCAAAUGCGUGCAGAAGAUUACACGCAAACGUCGCUAUGAGAACACCAGCUCCGAUUCGGAGGAGGAUAUGCUGCGACGCCUGCGCUGGCAUCAGCAGAACAAUAAUAUAUUGCCGAAUGGCAAAUUUGUAGGCUAUGGCAUGGGCAUUGAUCAACGGAAUCCGUUGACGGGCCACAGUUUCAAUUAUCAUCAGGCUGACCUGCAGAGGGUGACAGUGACACGUGACCCUUUGGCCAUUGCUGAACGGGGCAAGGUCGGCAUACCGUCAUCCCAUAGCGAGUGCAGCUCCAAUGAUUCCAUCGAGGCAUCUGUCGACAGUCAAACGGGCAUUUUGACAGCCGACAGCAGAGCUGUGCCGGCUGUGUCAGCGCUGAGACACUCCUAUGCCAAGUCACAAAAAUAUCAACAUAAAGUCGACGUGCUGCCACAAAAGGUCGAGAAGGAUAGGGAUAGCGUGGUUGUGGUGCCAAUUACUACUAGUUUAAACAACAACAACAACAACAAUAGCAGCAUAACAAAUCAUAACUACAAUCAAAACAAUAACAACAACAGCAACACCAUCAAUAGCACAGCUACGAACAGCAACAACAACAACAACAACAACGAUGAUGAACCUCUGUUUGAUACCAGCGACUUGCGUUCGAUCAAGUCGGACGAUAUGCUGGUUAGCGAUCCAAAGCUCACAGCUCCUCGUGGACCCAUUGAGCUGGAGAUGUCGCUGCUGUACGAUGCGCCAAUGAGAAAGAUGACGGUGCAUGUGAUGCAGGCGAGAAGUCUGCCACCUUUGCCCAAUGGCCAGCAGACGCACACACAGGUGCGUAUGCUUAUGCUGCCGAAUAAGAAGCAGAAGCACAAGACCAAGAUACGUAGUGGCGAGAAUCCGCAGUAUAUGGAGAGCUUUUUGCUGCAUCGUGUCAAUCCAGAGGACGUCAAUAACAUGGGUCUGCGUGUGCGUCUCUAUGGAUGUGAGCGGUUGCGCAAGGAGCGGCUCAUUGGCGAGGCCUAUGUGAGCUUUGCCACUGUGGACUUGGAGCUGGAGACAAAUCUGUGGCUGCCGCUGGAGCCACGAGUCACAACGUCACUGUUGGGCUCGACUAGCGAUCUGCUGAGUCUGGCCCGAUCGGACAGUGCCGGCUCCACAUCCUCCAUGCAACAUGGCGGUGUCUCGGAGCUCCUGUUGGGUCUGAGCUACAACGGAGUGACGGGUCGCCUCAGUGUCGAGAUCAUCAAGGGCAGUCAGUUUCGCAGUCUGACGCUGAACAAGGCGCCGGAUACGUAUGUGAAGCUGUGCAUGGUCAGCAGCAUUGGCCAGGAGAUCUCGAGAGCCAAAACGUCCAUAAGACGUGGACCCAAUCCGCUAUUCAAGGAGACCUUUGCGUUCCAGGUGGCGUUGUUUCAGCUGAACGAUGUGACGCUGAUGAUCUCGGUGUAUGCCAAGAGGCAUAUGAAGAAGAAUGAGAUGGUCGGUUGGUUUAGCCUCGGACUAAACUCAUCUGGACCGGAAGAGUGUGCGCAUUGGGCCGAUGUUUGUGAAAUGCCAAAAGGUGAGAUAUUGGCGCGUUGGCAUGUGCUGGUGGAUUCCUGAUUCGAGCAGUUGGGCCAGUCCACGGGACGCAGCACCAGAGCGCUCAAGAAAUUGAGCUUUGCUGCGUUCAAGGACCGGUCCAAGGAUAAAGCGCGUAAGGAGUCAGACGAGGCUCAAUUCCCUGCAGACAAUGCGGUUGCAGUCGACAUUGAGCCCGGCCUGGAGCUGGAUUUUGUGUAGAAAAGUUCGAAGGUUACCUUCGACUUUUCGAUUGGAGCUUUUUUUUGGAAAGAAGUAGAGAACCAAUUGGUAUUGAUCGCUGAUCGAUAACUUUGUGUUCCCCCAAGGACUACAUAUUGUAAUUUUUGAAAGAUCUGGCUAGACCAGAUAUGAGCCCACGGGUGGGCAGCAAAAGAGUAUUUGAAACUUGGAAACAAAUCAAAUUUGGCAAGCACACAUUUUUUAUUAAAAAGUGUGAGAAAAAAAAAAAAAAUUAGAAUAUUAAAAUUUUUGUACGCAACUGCAUAAGCAUAACUUGUUACUAUAACGAAAAUAAGGGAAAGAAAACAAAUGAAAAAUUUAAACUUUAUAAUUGUUUGUGAUAAUGAAUACGAUAUAAAAAGAAAAACAAAGAAGCAUUGGGAGCGACAUGUCAAGCGCAUGUGAAUUUUUUGGAAUUACUAUUUCUCUGCAACUCAAACGCAAAUAUUUAACCGCAAAGGUUUUGACGGUCUAACACGACUAGCACUUUUUUUUAUUAAAUUAUUAUAAAUAGAAAAUACCAAAAUACAACAAAAAAUGGAAAAAUUAUAAAAUACCUUACUUAGCAUUGUUAAACAGUUCAACCAGAACAUUUUGCUAUACGAUAAGGGCCAAGAAACGGGCCUCAUAACAUCUGGAAGUGUCGAAAACAAAAUAUUAACAAAUUAUUAAUCAGAACUUUUACAACUAUCAAAACGUAAUCCUAUCCAAUUACAGACUGUUCUGGUUAAAAAUCUGCAAAUUAAUAAGAAAACAAAACAAAAAACCACAAUUGUAGCCAACGCAUAAAACAUUACAAAAGCAACAAGAAAAUUCAUUCGCAUUGUUCCAGUUUUUUAUAUGAAUAAAUAAAUUUCCGUACCUUUGGAUACAAAUUAAAUAAAUACGCACAAACAAAAAUGUAUUGUAUAACCGAACAGAAGUUAAAACAGAGACAGAGCCAGAGUCAGAGAGAUAGAGAUAGAGAUAGAGAAAGAGAGAGAAGUUGAUAUUGAUAAGAAAUUUGGAAAUUUGAAGCCAGCAACACUUAAUCAUAUUUAUAUGCGGGUUGCUUGGAGCAUUCAUAAUUGUAUAUGUAAAGCAACAUUUAAUGUUGUUAACAAAUUCUAUAUACUUAUAUAUAGCAAAGGGGUUUGUGCGGGUUUGAAGCGGAAUGGAACUAUCUAAACUAUAGCAAGAAAAUGGAAAGCUUUAAAAAAUGUCUGUACUAAAUUGAUUUUUUAAUUGUCACAGCAAGUAUUAAACUAUGUACAACAAUUGCUCAUAUGCAAACAAAAAUACAAAAACAAGAACAUGAAACCUUAAAA